AAAUGGGCAGUACGUCCCCGCUUAAUCAAAUGUCUUUAUUGUAGUUUUGCUUUACAUUUAUAUUAUUAAUAAGGGAUCAACUGAGUGUAUGGCUUCAGUUGGUGCACAUAUCGUGUUUUCGUUCUCGGUUGUUAUUUUCUGUACAUUAGAACUUACAUCUUAGUCUUACAAAUAAAUUACGCUAAUUUUAACAUUAAUGAUGGAAACAGGUGUAGCAGAAACGUUCAGAAAUGGGAUAGUUUUAAUUACAGGAAGUACUGGAUUUUUGGGGAAAAUACUCACUGAAAAGUUACUCAGAUCAUGUCCUGUCAAAAAUAUUGUGGUACUUGUCAGACGUAAGAAAGAACUGAAUGCUAGUCAAAGGGUCGCAAAAAUAUACCAACAAACUCUAUUUGAUCGGAUUCGUCAUGAAAAACCAGAUUUUAUAAAAUCCAUUAAAAUUAUUGAAGGGAAUUUAGAGGAAUCAUCAUUGGGAUUAUCGUUAGAUGACCAUGACUGGAUGAUAGAAAAUGUUAACUUCGUUUUUCAUUGCGCAGCGACGGUUAAAUUCAACGAAACUCUCGAGUUGGCAUCAAAAAUAAAUAUUCAAGGGACUGAACAUUUGUUGGCAUUAGCGUCAAAAAUGAAAAAUCUUAAGGGUUUUGUGCACGUGUCGACUGCUUAUUCACACUGUCCAAGGAAAGAAAUUAAAGAAGAAUACUAUACCGUCCCGGUCACAGUUACGGAGCUGAAAAAUAUGUUGGUUGACAACGUACCGACUGCCGAAAUUAUAGAGGAUUGGCCCAAUACGUACACUUUUACGAAAGCAGUCGCGGAAAACAUGAUAAUGAUAAAUGAAAAUCGCUUGCCGAUAUCAAUAUUUCGUCCUUCGAUUAUCGGAUGCACGGAAUCCGAACCGGAACCUGGCUGGUUAGAAAACAUGAACGGACCAACAGGUCUGAUUUCCGGGGUCAUGGUAGGAUUUUUAAGGACGGCACCAAACAUCGGAACCAAUAUAACAGACAUUAUCCCUGCCGAUUACACCGUCAACGCAUUGAUUAGCGUCAUGUGGGACACAGUUAACAGACACAAACAGUCGAACAUAGUGAACAAGGUACCGAAAAUAUAUAAUUACGUUUCAUGUGUCGAAAGCCCUUUGACAUGGGGUAGAUAUAUCAGAGAAAUGCACGAUCAAUAUUACGUAGCUCCUCCUUUGCAAUCGAUGUGGUACGGUUUUUACAUUCUCUAUACGCAUUUCAUGGUCGGAAGUAUUUUGAGAUUUUUCUUGCACCGAAUACCAGGUGCAUUUAUGGACUUGUUAUUGAUUUUGUGUGGUAAAUCUCCCAAAAUGUUAAGAAUGUAUGCAAAAACAGAAAGUAUGGUCGAUUUAAUCUACGAGUUUUCUACAAAACAAUGGAAAUUUGACAAUACAAAUACUAGACAAUUGUGGUUGUCACUAAGUAAAGACGAUCGCAAUAUGUUCCAGUUCAGCUUAAAAUCAUUUGACUGGAAGUCGUAUAUAGAAAGCUAUUAUUACGGUAUCAGAAAACAUAUACUUCACGAAGACCUAAGUAACGUUAAAGAAGCGUUAUCAAAAAAUAAAAAGUUAUUGAGGCUGCAUCAGUUGUGUGUUGUUCUAGUUAUUUAUAUCACAUUCCAUUUGUGUUGGAUAUUUAUGAAUUAUUUGUUUUGAAUGGUUCGUCGAUAUUACAUUUUUAUUUAAUAUUGUUUUUUAAGAAGCCGGUGCCAGUUUUCAAAUUUUCCGCAAUUCUGUACAAUUUGAAAAUUAAAUUUUUUUAUUUUAGUUGCCACCUUAAUAUUACAAUACUUUUCUACUGAUCAACUACCCGAUACCUAUUUAGUGGGGAGGGGGGUUGAUAAGGUGUAUAUUAUACCGGAGAAAAUGUCUUCAUGGGAAUAAUUCUCAGGCCUUAUAGAAUUGUAGGAUUUUGAUAACUAUUUUUUUUUAUCUGAAAGGAGAAAACCCCCUACAUCGAACUCCGAUUUUUUAUUUUAUUUCAAGUAAUGGUGUAAUAUAAUUUAGAAAAAAACUUUUAAAAUUGUAUUUUUUUUGAAAACAUAUUAUAAAGUUUGAGAUUAAAAUAUUGGAAGUUGGCGUUUAAUGUGGCCUGUAGAAUAGUAUACGGUCUAUGAGUUAAAAAAAAAAAAUUAUCAAAUUUGGUUGAUUCUACGGAACAGGAUAAUUAUUUUCGUAUUGUGUAUUUUUGUGUACAAAAUUACAUUGGCACCGAGCGCCUUAAACGUAUACCUAUAAUUAUUAUUGUAAACAAAUAAAUUAUACUAUUUAAUUAUCUUAUAUACAUGAAUAUAAUCUAAAUAAUGUGUCAAGUGACUAUACUGAGUUUUGUAUUAUGAUAAAUAUGAAAAUACAUGUAUAGAAACUGUGUAUUA